AUGAUAUUCACCAUUAUCUUUGCAGCUUUGGCGUCUAUCGUCGCUGCCCAGGGCAUGUCUGGACUGCCUGAAUGCGCCUGGGAACAACAGAAAGCUUGCGUUACCCAUUCCAUUCCCACUACUUGUGGUAUGGACGUUGCCUGUAUCUGCAAGUCUGGGUCUUUCCUGAGCAGCAUCGCCUGCUGCAUUGCCGAGAAGUGCUCCGAAGACGAUCAGGAUACUACUCUCUCUGCAGCCAAUUCGAUCUGUGCCGGUGGUGGUGUGACUGAUUUGCCCGAGUCGGUUAUCUGCUCCGUCACUGUUGCGAUCACCACUGUUACCCCUACUUCUACUUUGGACACUCUUACUACUUUCACUGGUACCAGCACUCAGCAGACCACCAUGGAGACUGCCAUGACCAAGCGUACCACCGAGGAAAAGACUGACACGAUCACUGAGCCCUUGACUACUAUUACCCAGAUGACUACCAAGGUCAAUACCAGCGCAACUACCGAGGCCGUAACCACCCAGCAUUCGACCACCACGUCAGCCUUGACCAUUGCCACAUCGGUCGUUACAUCAAAGCUGGUUUCUGGCUCGUCUGCUUCGGCUACCAGCACUGCCACUGGUGAUGCUUCUCUCGGUAUGGGCAAGGACAGCCCCUUGAUGGCCUUUGCUGGAGCGUUUGCACUCUUGGCCUUCUUGGUUUAA